UUCUUACAAACAGCGGUUGUAAACAAAUGUCAGAGUAUGAGAGAUAAAAAAGAUUUGAUUUUAAAAAACUAAAUAAAAAAUUUGAAAGACUUUGUAUUUUUAGGUUGGCCGGAAAAUACAAGCAGUGCUGCCCCUCCACAGCCUUCCAAAAGUCGGGUAAAGUCGGGAAGCUGAAGCCAGCUGACUGGAGGCGGAGGGCAGUCAACAACCCGGUUGGGUCGGCAGACUGUCUCAUAGUCAACAGGUUCGAGAUCUCCUGCAAGAGGUGGUCUUGACCUCAACAGUGUGAACACCAACCAGAGGGCAAACUGACAUUUUUCACAACCCUAUCAAUCGAUUCAGACCGGAGAGGGCGAACCCCAGGCGAGAAACCACCAUUAGAACUGUGUGGCGGAAUUGCUGUUACAUCCAACUCAAGAGAGCAGCAUUGACUUGUUCCCCCCCGAGUCAAAAGGUUUCCUGUCAAGCAACACGGUCUGCCUGGGAGCGGGCUCGGGUUCCGGUGUGUUCCUUGCCUUGCAACGUCGAGCUUGAUGGCGCCUCCUCCUGUCAGAAGAGAAAUAAAGUUGAGCGAGGAGGAGGUCGAUGCAAAAAGGCGCUCGUCCGUAAUGAAGUUACGCUGAAAGUGCUCGAAAGUGACCCGAGCAAGGCCACUUCACCCCGAGGAUUUUAUAUUUUUCCAAACCGGUGAUUGGAGGAGAAGAUGAUGUCUGACGCCAGCGAGAUGUUGGCGGCCGCCUUGGAGCAAAUGGACGGGAUCAUUGCAGGCUCCAAGGCCAUGGACUACUCCAACGGACUGUUCGACUGCCAGUCCCCCACGUCGCCGUUCCUGGGCGGCCUGCGGGUGCUGCACCUGCUGGAGGACCUGCGGGCAGCUCUGGAGCUCAUGGAGAACGCAGAGCGGGACAACCUACGUUGCCAGAUCCCCGACGCCACUGCCGAGGGCCUGGCCGAGUGGCUGCAGGGACGAAUGACAAAUGGCAACAGCUCAGAGGCGGUCUACCAAGAGCGCUUGACCAGACUGGAGAGUGACAAAGAGUGUCUAAUUCUUCAGGUCAGUGUCCUGACAGACCAGGUGGAGGUCCAAGGGGAGAAGAUCCGGGACCUGGACAACUGCCUGGACCUUCACCGGGAGAAGCUCUGCGCCUCUGAGGAGCUGCUGCAAAAAGAAUUGUUGACCCGCUCGGCACUGGAGACCCAGAAGCUGGAGCUGAUGACCGAGGUAUCGGGUCUGAAGCUGAAGCUGAGUGCAGUGGAGAGGGAUCACAGAGAUAAUGAGGAUUUGUACCGGGAAGUAAGCGAGUUGCGUUUGCGCGUGGCUGAUAUUGAGAGUGAGCGUCUGCAGUGCGACGGGAAAACCAAAGCUUGUAAAGAAGAGCUGCAGCUGCUGCAGCGGGAGUUGGAGGAGCGAGAGGCGGAACUUAGGAGGUUGAAGGACGAGAGCAGACCGAGGGCAACGGAGGUGGGAGAGAGAGAUGCCGAAAUGUCCAAGAUGAAGACGCUGUUGGACUCGCUUAUGUCGUCCAACGAUGAGAAGGAGCGAAGGAUCAAAGAGUUGGAGAGCACGCAAGUUCUGGAUAAAAUCAAAGAGAGUCCGAAGGAAGACGACUAUGCCGACAUCCCAGAUGAUCGGUCGUUUCCUGCCACCAGCGAGGUCAGGCUGGCGUCGGAGGGCGAGACAGGAAGGCUCUCCGUGGAGUCUAGUCCAGGCAUCACCGUGCUGGAUGAGAUUAAGGAACUCGAUCGAGAGCGACAGCUGCAGGCGGUCGAGAGAGCCUCUGAGGUGGCUUCACGCAACACCAAUGAGCAGGCAAAAAGCAAGUGUAGAUCUUUGGCCAGUGAAGACACUUUCGGGGCCAAGAGGGUCCGCGCAUCCUUCGGUCGAGGAUUUUUCAAACUGCGAGGAGGCAAAGGCACGAGCAGCACACCAAACCUCGCCGAGACGGAAGGCAAAGUCCCGGAACACCUGGACUUGGCCGGCUCUGCUUCGCCCUUGCCGCCUGAGAGCAAGAAAAAGUCCAAAGGCUUGAGGAAGUUCUUGGGCAGGCUGAAGAGAAGCCACUCCACAUCCUUGAACCCGGACGACGAGGCCGAAUUCCGGCGCGGGGGCGUCCGGGCCACGGCCGGGCCUCGCCUGGGCUGGUCCGCGUCUUCGGUCAGCGGCCUGGACAUCCCCUUUUCACAUUGGACCCGAGAAGACGUGUGCGAGUGGCUCCACGAACAAGGCCUGGGCUUGUACGCGGAACCGGGUCACAACUGGAUCCAUUCGGGGCAGAGCCUGCUGCAAGCCUCCCAGCACGACCUGGAGAAGGAGCUGGGCAUGAAGCACCCUCUGCACAGGAAGAAGCUCCAGCUGGCCCUUCAGGCUCUCCACUCCCAUGAAGACCUCCACAAAGGCAAACUGGACCACAACUGGGUGACACGCUGGCUGGACGACGUGGGCCUGCCGCAGUACAAGAGUCACUUUGAUGAGGCCAGAGUGGACGCACGCAUGCUGCACUACAUGACCGUGGAGGAUCUCUUGUCCCUGAAGGUGGGCAGCGUGCUCCACCACCUCAGCGUCAAGAGGGCCGUGCAGGUCCUGCGCCUCAACUCCUUCCAGGCCGACUGUCUCCGGCGCCGCCCCACCGACGAGAAGCACACGCGACCGGCCGACGUGAUCCAGUGGAGCAACCACCGAGUGAUGGAGUGGCUGCGCGCCGUCGACUUGGCCGAGUACGCGCCCAACCUCAGAGGCAGCGGUGUGCACGGGGGUCUCAUGGUUCUGGAGCCCCGCUUCACGGUGGAGGCGUUGGCUCUGCUGCUCAACAUCCCGCCAGGAAAAACGCUGCUGCGGCGCCACUUGGCGACGCACUUCCACUUGCUGGUGGGAGCAGACGCGCAGAGGCUCAAGCGGGAGUGUCUGGAAAAUCCUGACUAUGUCGUGCUCACGGCCGCGGCCAAGGUCAAGCCGAGACGUCUGUCGUUCGGCGGCUUUGGAACGCUCCGGAAGAAACGUCACGACGACGGCAACGAGUACGUGUGCCCCAUGGACGUGGGCGGGCGGCUCAACCAGGACCACCCGGAGCAGCUAGAGCAGAUGGACGACUCCGAGGGCGCCGCGAGGCAGAUCGGAGCCUUUUCCGAGGGAAUCAAUAAUCUGCCGAGCAUGCUGGAGGACGAGGAGGUUUUCGGGGAGAUCUCAGCAAGCCCACGAGAGGGCAACCGAUCCGACGACGACGCCACAAGACUCGACAAAUAACGCUACAUCGUGUGUGUGUGUGUGUGUGUGUGGUUGCGUGACUGUUUGCAUGUUAGUUAGCUCAAAGAGGAAAGAAGACGUUAUUUGG